AUGCGUAUUUAUUCGAUUAGACUUCGAUUUAGCGAUAAAAUUGAUAAAAAGGCCCCUAAUGGUAUUAGAUUCAACUGCUUCUUUACGGUUUCUGUUGGGGACGGGAAUGAUACUUCUUUUUGGGGAGACAAAUGGCUUGGUAAUGAGCCUUUACGUCUCCGGUUCCCUCAUCUGUUUCGGCUUGAAAGAAAGAAAUGGGUCAAUGUAGCUGAAAGAAUUCAGGUCCAACAAGGUGUUCGUUUUAUGAACUGGGAAUGGCGAUCGGUCCCAAGCUCUCUUGAAGAAGUUAAUGAACUGUUUGCGCUGCUAGCCGAUGUCCAUGAAUACAAAUGGGAGGAAGGGAACGACAAAUGGAAAUGGGAUCCAGGCAAAGAUGGUAUUUUCACGGUUAAAAGCGCUAAGAUUCUGAUGUCCGAAGGCUUGAUGGCAGGUAACUUGCAGAUCGUAGAUUGGAGAGGCUGGACGCCUCUUAAAUGCAAAAUAUUAGCUUGGAGAAUUGGCCUUGAUAGAAUUCCUACAAAGAUGAAUCUGAUUAAACGAGGGAUGGCGCUUGACAGUUUGGAUUGUCCGAUGUGUGACGCGGGUCAAGAAUCUACACUGCAUCUUUUUACGGGCUGUAUAUUCUCAACAGAAGUUUGGGCCAGAUUAGAAGCUUGGUGUAGAUUGCCUCCUACGAUGCUGUUUGAAGUUGCUGAUUUGGUUCGCUUGACGGUUGACCAGUCGAAGUCUAAAAAAGAAGGUCGAAUUAUCCAAAGUAUUAUGUAUACGGCUAUGUGGGUUUUAUGGAACGAGAGGAACGAUAGAAUCUUCAAUAACAAGCCUAGGAGAGAGAAGGAGGUAUUCGAAAAUAUAAAGUUUUUGUCGUUUUUUUGGAUUCGUAAUAGAUCUAGACAUAAAAGUGUAGAUUGGAAUAAGUGGUGUAAUUACCCGUUGGAUUUGAUGUAA